GACUACACUUCCCGGCGUGCCGCGCGGCUCGACGCCAGCUAUAAAAGGCCGCCCCGGACACGUUGCCUUCGGAGAGCGCGGUGCGGAUCAGUUCGAGGGCUGCAGACAGUUGAAGUAUCUCAAGUUGUCGUAUCGCUUCCCUGUGGCCAAGAUGUGUGACAAACCCGAUCUCUCCGAAGUGGAGAAGUUUGAUAAGAAGAAGCUCAAGAAAACCAACACGGAGGAGAAGAACACACUUCCUUCGCAGGAGACCAUCCAACAGGAGAAGGAAUCUGCGAAGUGCUCAUAGAGAAGGCCUCUCCGCAUGGAAACAUCCACGUUCUUCCUCCCUUUUUUUAAUUGAGUGAGGUGUUUUUGUAAUAUGAUGAUGUCUGUUGUGUAUAUUGAGCAACGCAACCUCUUUAGCUGCUUCGGGGGGCCUUGAAGACCUGCCCCGUCCCCAUUUCUUCCUGGGCCGCUUCCUGUUUGGGGGCUGCUAAAGGGGUGGGCAGAGGAUGCCAAGAAAGAAAAGAGUUCUGGGGCUCACGCCCCCCCCCGCAAACCCCUCUCCUUCCUCUUCCCACACGCAGCAGCUCCACAAAGUGCCACUGCCUCAAACCUCUUUCAGCAGCUUUCCUCAAUUUGUUUUUCCUACAAAUGAAAUGGAGAAAUACCUGUGAAAAAUAAAUGAACAUGAACUCCUUCAA